AUGGCGAUUCUUAACUCGAGCCGUUCAGAUAUGCCACGACAAGAGUCACUUCCAUCGCCAUUAAUACAACUCUACAAAUCUCGGUCAACAACUUCUCUCCCAUCAAGGCUUACUGCCAGAUCCCCUGGUUCACCAUCUCGUUCAUUCCACAUUCCAAAUUCCCCACUCAGCAUAUAUCAUAUUCCAGAAAAUGAUAUCGAAAAUAUAGAAUCUAGUUCUUUCCAAACGUCACGAAUAAAUGAGAAUGACGAUAACAAAAUCCAUCAUCAUGAAAAACCUACAUCAAUUUUCCGGAGACGACACACUCACCGUCAUUCCGUAGGCCCAAUUGAACUUAAAGAUACAUCUUGUGCUUUCGAAUGCUGCGGAAAAUCUUUAGUCGAUAGGUUGAAUCAACUUUCUCAAGGAAAUAUUUAUACCAUUGUCAAGUGUACAAAACAUAGUGAUGAUAGGUCAGGAAAAAAAACAACAAAAUGGGGAUUUUUUAAGAAGCUUUCUAAUACAUUUAAAAAAUUGAAAAGAGGAAAGAAAGAAAAGGUGAUUUGUGGAACUGGUAAAUAUUCAGAAACCAUAACGGUUAAGAGAAUAAAAGAUGGAAAGAAGAUGGUUGUAAAACGCGUUGAUAAGGAAAAAUUAACACCAAUGGAAUAUUUCACAAAUGCUCACGAGACUAGUUGCACAUGUAGGUCAUGUCGAGGACUUUUGCAAACCGAAUCAACACAACUUAUACGACGCACACGAUCCACUCUUACAUUGUCCGCACACAUAAAACCUCGAUCGAAUUCAGUAUCAUCCGAUCCAUCUCCUAUACAACAACAGAAUAAAGAUAUUAACUUUGCAUACAGAUCGGCAUCAUUACCAAUUUCAACUUCACCCAUAUCUGAAAAUGGUAUUGUGCAAGAUGUUCGUGAGUUGGUAAAUUCACCUAGGACAUCAGUCAUAAACUAUAACAACCCCCCAAAUACAUCCAAUCCACAAACUUCCAUAUUGAUAGGGGUGCCAUUGGAACUUAAACUUUUAUCAGUGCAUAGUACGGACGGUUUACCAAAACUUGUAAAAUAUUUUAGUGAUGAGAGGUAUUAUUAUUAUAUUACAAAAAUGCAUGGCGUUAAACAACGCAAAUGGAAGAAACCAAGAAGUUGGCAUUUAAAAAAGUAUUGUGAUGUUUAUUGGGACGAAUAUGUUUUUUGUUGA